CUUCGGCGCCUCGCCCUCUUGCCGCCUGUCCGGGCGCUGAGGCGGGGAGCAACGCGAGCAAACCCUGCCAGGCGGGAGCUCCGGGAAGUUUCCAGAGAGCCGCGGCGGUGCUGCGGGUCGGAUCCCAGCACGGGCGGCUGAGGCCGGUCUGGAUGCAGAGCGAGACCCUGUGCAAACAAGCACAAGAUAACGCCCCAGCGUCGGAGACCCGGGAGCAGGAGCGCUCCCCUCCCUGUGCUUGCUGAUUGCAGGGCGAGCGCGGCGACGAUGUGCGGGCGGACGUCCUGCCACCUGCCCAGGGACGUGCUAACCAGGGCCUGCGCCUACCGCGACCGCGGCGGCCGGCAGCGGCUCCCCGAGUGGAGGCAGCCCGAGAAGUACCACCCCUCCUACAACCAGAGCCCGCAGAGCUGUAGCCCGGUGCUGCUGUCGCGCUUGCACCUGGAGAAGGAUGCAGACUCAUCCGAGCGGAUCAUUGCUCCCAUGCGAUGGGGCCUGGUCCCCUCUUGGUUCAAAGAAGGUGACCCUUCCAAGCUGCCGUUCAGCACCACCAACUGUCGCAGUGAUACCAUCCUGGAGAAACGGUCAUUCAAGGUGCCCCUUGGAAAGGGGAGACGCUGUGUUGUCUUAGCAGAUGGAUUCUACGAGUGGCAGCGAUGUCGGGUAUCAAGCCAGAGGCAGCCGUACUUCAUCUAUUUCCCCCAGACCAAGGCGGAACAGCCAAGCAGUGGUGGAGUUACAGACAGUGCUGAGGACUGGGAGAGCAUCUGGGACAACUGGAGGCCGCUGACAAUGGCGGGAAUCUUUGACUGCUGGGAGCCGCCCGAGGGAGGAGACCUGCUAUACUCCUACACCAUCAUCACUGUGGAUUCCUGCACAAGCUUACAUGACAUCCACCACAGGAUGCCUGCCAUUCUGGAUGGGGAGGAGGCCGUGACCAGGUGGCUGGACUUCGGGGACGUCCCCACGCAGGAGGCGCUGAAACUGAUCCGCCCCACAGAGAACAUCACCUUCCACCCUGUUUCGCCUGUUGUCAACAACUCGAGGAACAACACCCCUGAGUGUCUGACUCCCCUCCACUUGGUGGUCAAAAAGGAACCCAAGGCAAGCAGCAGCAGCCAAAAGAUGAUGCAGUGGCUGGCCACAAAAUCACCUAAGAAGGACCAGGAGACACCUCUAACGGAUGAGACCAACACACCCCAGUGGUCCAGUCAGUUCCUGCCGAGGAGCCCGCUGCCCGCCAAGAGAGGUGGUGCAGGCCUCCUGGUGCAGUGGCUGAAGCAGGAGGAGGAGGAGGCACCCGAGGCCAAGCGGCCUCACAGUCAGUAGCACAUCCUGGCCCUGGACACCCGGGGGGUGUUCUCACAUGGGAGGCGGUAGCACUGGCUAGAGGACAGUUGCGGCUCCCCAGGAAAGCAGCUGCCCUGGCCUUGAGCAUCGGCUAUGGGCGGCAGGAAGAGGGGCUGCCUGUGCCUGAGGGACGGAGCCCUCCGCCUGCCCUGCUGCUCCCUGAGGGCUGUCGUCUGCCCAGCAUGUGGGCUUGGCUUGACUUCGGUUUCCCUUGAGUGUAAAAAUGUUAUUUUUCAGAAAUGUCAAGAGAAUCAUCAAGAAAGAAAAAUGUUAUCCUCCACUUAUCCUAGAAAUAAAUAAGGAAAGCAUAAAAUUGCUUUUUUAAUUAUGGAAGUUGGAAGUUUAGUAUCAGCAUCCAAAGUGAACAGCAACAAACAUUUACCACAUAGUUCGGAUUAGUUUGAUAGGGCUUUCCCAGAGGAGGUAACAUUUCUUCUGUCAGUUGACAUCACCAAAACAGCAAAAAAUAAACCAACUGGGGCCAGGGAUUUAGGUCAGUGGUGCCGCCACCUGCCUCGCAAGCACAAGGACCCAAGUUUGAUCCCCGGUGUGGUGUCUGAGACCUGGGAGGAAGCCACCUGCAGUGUGUUUAGGCCCCUCCUGGGGACACACGCGCUGCCUUUCCCGCAGCACUAGGGUCCUCUGUCCACUCGGGCAUUGCUUCGCUGUGCAU